AUGAUGAAGAUGAUAUGGGCAGAUUCACUUAUAGUCCUUUUCAAAUCAGGAUUGAUAGCAAAGAUGAAGCCUCUGCUACGAAAAGGGAAUGCAAGUCUCUUCACGAGAAAGAUCAACCAACUGAUUCUUGCAUCCCAAGAUUCUUCUUGUAAGGCUUACUCUAAAGUAGCGGUUGAGUCCAUUCUUGAGCGAGUCAUAAAGGAUCAUGUAACUAAUGCCUAUAAUAUGGCCAAUGUAGUUUCUAACUCAAUUGAUGUCUGCAAAUCCAUGACCGAAAAAGUCGAUAAACUAAUUGCUAACACCAUAUAUUUUAUGGAGGAUUACAACAAUACCUACAACUCCAACACCAUCAUUGCGAACAAGGCCAUUCAGAAUGUUGGUGCCAUGCUUAAAGUAGAAAAGGCGAACUUUGUUAAACUUCACAAGGAGUUUCUGUCGAAUAAUGAAGCAUUCCAGUCUUCACAUGGAGGAACUUGUUGGAUUAGUGUCUAA